UAUUUCUAUUAAUGUACGAAAUAAAAAAUGGACAAUCUUACCCAAUGUUAAUAAAAGGACUAUUAAGAAGGAAUUAAGGUUUGUAAUUUGAAGUUAUCAGUUUAAAAGAAAGAAUUUCAAUUAGCCCUCUAAAUGUUAUACAUUUAAGCAAGAUAAUGUUUCAUAUCACAAAUCGUAAAAUAAUCAUUAAUUUAGUUUUACGGGAAUGCAGUCUCAGAAACCCUGACUUUUUGAAAGGCUUGAGUCUUGAUUAGAUUUAUGUAAAUAAAAAUAUUGAAGACGAUGUUAAUGUCUUUAUAUUUGAAGAGGAUCAAGAAAUUGUGAAAAAGAAACAAAGCCUUGAAGAAAUACUAUUUUAAUUAUGUAAUGAAGUUUCAAUUACCUUUAGUUCAUAAUUUAGGUUUUGAUAUUAUGAAAGAUACUUUUAACAAAGCAACUUGUUUCGAUGUAAUAAUGGAAUAUCUCUAUGGCCAAAUCUUUAAAGAAUGGAAAUUAGACUCUUAAGUUAAAAUUACUGAAAAAAUCAUUUUAGAGAAAAUUUUUAAUAUUAAAAUUAUUAAGAAACUAUAUGAUUCCAAAUUUUCAAGAGUGUAUCUCAUUGAAACCCCAUAUUACAUUAAUUCUUAAAAAAAUUAAAUUGUUGUGAAAUGGAUUUAAUAUGAAACCGAAGAUGAUAUAAAACAAUAUCUACAUAGAGAAAUUAGAUUAUUAGAGAGGGUUCAGAAUUUUGAAAAUUGUACAAAGCUGUUUUGUUAUAAUAAUAUGCUUCCUUAACAAUUUCUCUUUAUGAAGCAUUAUGACGUAACUUUAGAUGAUCUGAAUAAUUUGAUAGGCAAAAAUGAGGUAAAUACUGUUGACUUGAUACACUUAACAAAGCAAAUGUUAUUUGCUUUAAAGAGACUUCAUGCCUUGCAGAUAAUUCAUAGAGAUUUAAAACCGUAAAACAUUAUGUUUGAAUAUCUUGACGAUAAUCAUAGUAUUUAAAAUAUGAGAUGUGUUCUGAUUGAUUUGGAUAGAUCUGAUAAUAAUUAAAUUGCCAAAUCUACGAAAGAAUUCCAAUCUUGUUAUACUGGUACUCCUGAUUAUCAACCACCUGAAGGAACUUAAACUCAUCAUUAUGAGGAAUCAUACGACAUAUGGCAAUUAGGAUAUAUCAUUUAAUGCAUAUUAUUAAGAGAUAAAAAUAAAAACUACACGCGCUGCUGUCAUUAAAGGGAUAGCCCAAUAGAAGAAAAGGUUUACGAAGAUGUAUUUAAAUCAGACUGGGAGAAGGUUUAACAGAAAUAUCUAAAAUUUUACAAAAUAGUCAAGAACAUGAUGAAUUACAAUCCCACAAAGAGACCAAGCUUAGAUUGGAUUGAAGAAGAAAUAAAUAAAAUUAAAUGA